AGCCAACAACAUGGCUCCCAAAGACCAACACACACACAUGGUGCUCUGGCUUUUCCUCCUGGCGCUUGUCCAGACCGCCGAGGCGUUUGACGGAGGAGAUGCGCUGGCUUUACUGUUGGGCGCGACCGUGACGCUCGUGGGGAUCUGCGCGUGUUUGGGCUGGUACGCGCGCACACGGAACAGCCAGUUUUGAUGAUCAACCUGCUGAUCAAGGCCUCAUCCGGAAAUGUGACUGAGUGCAGAAGGUCUGUCAUGCAUUUCUACCGAAGAGAAUUGGAAAUGCACGCAGAGAAAGGACCUAAUAAUGGAUAAUAUUAAGCUGUUGGUUUGGUUCUACAUUAUCAGCGUUGAAAAGUCCAUUAGAUUAUCACUGCUUGAGAACAAGAUCAUGCAGACGUUCUCUGACACAUUUCUAUGGACUUGGACAUUCUGGCGGGCUUGUGAUGGUCUCCUGCCGUGUAACAAUCACUGCAAGACAAUCUGCUUUCAAUUUCACUCCUGAAAUUGUUGAUUGCUUUCUCUGUCUACAUAAAGCAUUUACUGUCUUUGCCAAUGUGCUUUAGAGAGGGAGGGGGAUGCUGUUUGCUUUGUCUGUUUAAAGGUUAUAAAUGUUAUUAAUGUGCCUAUCUGUUGCAACUUAAUAGACUCUGGUAAUGGAAAAGCUCUUUCAUUUUCAUUAAUUUUUAAUUCUUUGUAAAAUGCACACCAAAAUACAAUACAGUGGUUGCAAAAGUCA